AUGGAAAAAAUUGCCAUUUGUAAUGCAAUACUUAUAAGGUUGCUGAAAAUUCGUCGACAACCCACGACCGGUUUCGCCCUCCUUGGGGCUCAUCAGACGCAGUCCACGAGUUCCCGUCAACCUUAUGUUCUACUUGAAACCAAAUUGCACGAAAUUAGCGAAAUACGCUCGUUUACCAGCGUUAGUGUUGCUGCAGCAGAAUGGGAAAACUAUGAAUUUAUUGGGCAAAUUUGUGUCGGGUGUCGGAUGACAUUCUUCUACCUUACCGGGGCGAGACGGCUCAAGUGGUUAGAGAGUGAACUAACUGACCGGAAGGUCAGUGGUUCGAAACCGACCUCUGCAUCUCGACUCCCCCUGUCUAGGAUUGAGCAACCUGGCAGUAUUCCAGCCCUAGUGCAUCCUUCUGGUGGCAUGGCAGCUAGGCACCGAAAGGGUGCUACAGCUGGACGAUUUUUUUCUAUCUUACUAAGUGAUUCCACUCUUUCAAGAUUCUUCUACCUUACCGGGGCGAGACGGCUCAAGUGGUUAGAGAGUGAACUAACUGACCGGAAGGUCAGUGGUUCGAAACCGACCUCUGCAUCUCGACUCCCCCUGUCUAGGAUUGAGCAACCUGGCAGUAUUCCAGCCCUAGUGCAUCCUUCUGGUGGCAUGGCAGCUAGGCACCGAAAGGGUGCUACAGCUGGACGAUUUUUUUCUAUCUUACUAAGUGAUUCCACUCUUUCAAGAUGGCUGUUGAUCUGUUCGCCCAGCUUCGCAACUGGUCUGCAAAUGUUUCAUCCUCAGUCGAGGAGACAUGUUAACACUGAAGUGAAGAAACGUUUGCAAGCCAAUUGUCAAGCUCGACGAACGGAACAACGGCCAUCUGAUCAACGACCAGGUGACAUAUUUCGAAUCACCUUUUGCAAGCCAAUUGUCAAGCUCGGCGAACGGAACAACGGCCAUCUGAUCAACGACCAGUAUUUGUUGUUUAGUGGAAGCGCGAAAGGGUUCACGGACUGGCUGUAUCGCAAAGAAGCCGAAUCCAAAGGGCGAUCAGAAGAGUCUUAA